AAUUUAAAAGACUUAUUUGAAAGAACGUCAUCCGGAACCUUUCUCCACUGGUCGGUGUUUAAGUCCGGAAUAUAACGCACACGCAUACAACUAUCACGAUGGCCAGUCUUACUAAAGCUUUAAAACCAAUUUUGGAAAGGCAGUUUGGAAAUACAACAAAGAUCUUUGGCGCAGCAGUCAACAGUCAAAGAGGAAAACCUACAUAUGCAAGACAAACCAUACCUCCUCCUGCCAAGUAUGGAGGCCGGCAUACUGUAACAUUAAUUCCUGGAGAUGGGAUUGGACCAGAACUGCUUAACCAUGUGCGAGAGCUCUUCAGGUUCAGCUGUGUUCCUGUGGACUUUGAGGUGGUGCAUGUAAAUUCUGCAUCAGACAGUGGGGACGACAUCAAUAAUGCCAUAAUGGCUAUUCGCCGCAAUGGAGUUGCUCUUAAGGGUAACAUUGAGACUAGCCACACAAUGCCCCCUAACCACAAGUCACGGAACAAUCUUCUACGCACAAGUCUGGAUCUGUAUGCCAAUAUGAUGCACUGCCAGUCACUUCCUGGAGUUCAGACGCGCCACAAAAACAUUGACAUCAUUAUCAUUAGAGAAAAUACAGAGGGAGAGUACAGCAAUCUGGAGCAUGAGAGUGUAUCAGGAGUUGUGGAGUCUCUAAAGAUCAUCACACGGAACAACUCCCUCCGCAUUGCUGACUAUGCCUUCAGACUGGCCCGAGAAAAAGGUCGCCGCAGGGUCACGGCUGUCCACAAGGCUAACAUCAUGAAGCUGGGGGAUGGGCUCUUCCUGCAGUGCUGUAAGGAGGUGGCCUCUGGAUACCCAGACAUUGAGUUUGAUAGUAUGAUUGUAGAUAACACCACCAUGCAGCUCGUUUCCAAGCCCCACCAGUUUGAUGUCAUGGUGAUGCCUAACCUCUAUGGGAAUGUGGUCAGCAAUGUGUGUGCGGGGCUGGUGGGUGGACCCGGUCUGGUGCCUGGUGCCAACUACGGGCAAGACUACGCUGUGUUUGAAACGGCCACCAGGAAUACAGGAAAGAGUAUUGCCAACAGGAACAUUGCCAACCCCACUGCCAUGCUGCUUGCCAGCUGCCUCAUGUUAGAUCAUCUCAAACUUCAUGACUAUGCCAACAUGAUCCGCGGUGCGAUUCUCACCACCAUGAACGAGACUAGGUUGCACACAGCUGACAUCGGGGGUCAGGGCACUACCUCAGAAGUGGUUCAGUCGAUCAUGAAGAUCAUCCAGAGCAGCGGUCCCCUCACCACUGAGAUCUAAACGCCUUCGGCACAACUGUUCGACAUCAGCUUCUUAAGGACAUCUGCACUUCAUUUUGUGUCUCAAGAACACUGCUUACACUUGAGACAAGAGAUUUAUUCUUGAAUCCAGCAGCUUUUAUGGGGAUCAGGGGAGAAGAUGGUGUUACAUGAAAUACAACAUACUCCAGCGCUAUGAUUGUGGGGUUUCUUGGGCAUAGUGGUCUUUCCAUGGGAACUGCAGAGUUUCUAGAUUUAUCAUAUUGUAUUUGAAAGGUUAUAUUGUUUUAAUGCUAUGCUAAUACAGUAUUUAUGAUGAGGGUCUUGCGUUGGAUUUGUGUUUCUCCUGCUCCAUUGCAUUCCACGUUUUAUCCAUUAUUUCCAUGUUAUCCUCAAACACAACAUAUUCAUUUUGGUUUUAUAGCUUUUUAGUUUACUUUAAUAACCCUGAACAAACUGUCCAUUUACAUAAUUAUAUUAUACUUGUAUAAACUGCAGCAUAAAAUUUUUUUAAACUGCCUUAAUUAGUUGGGUGUUUAAAUGGACUUCAUAUUCUGAAUGUCCAUGAGAUGGUGUUUUUCUUUGGACUUUGGACUUUGUGCUUGGUGUUAUUUUUUUAUUAAUACUUAACGUUGGUCUUAUCCAGUAAGUUUUGACUUUUAUGUUCCUAUUCUGUCUUUUGAUAUGCGGUGCUUGACAGUAUUUGAUAAGUCUGCAUCUGGUACACUGUCAUCUAUUGAAUUCAGCAUCUACAUUUUCCAUCAUUUGAGUCAGUUUUCAGAUUAGUAUAAUUAGAAUACUGUAAAGAAGUGGUUCUCAACCUUUUGGCUACAAGGCUCCCAUUGUCCACAACAAAUAUUCAGUUUUAUUAAACUAUAAAUUUUCUGAUAAAAUGUACCAAAGCUUGGCAUAAAAAGAAAAAUGUAUAAACUAUUUAAAUAUAAUGGUUUGAUUUGAACGAUUUACAUGACUUUUCCAGGUCUAGGAAUCACGCUUUAAAAAUAAAGUUUAAUUUGAAAUAAUUUUUAACAAUUUUAAUUAAUUUACUGGGUUGAGAAUCACCACUGUAAAGGGUUAAAAUAUGGACUGUUGUACAAAUCCUUAAUGGCUCGCUGGUAACAGACAUAAUAAAAUGGUUGUCCUCUUUAAAA